AUGGCAAAAAGAAGAUUGCAGAUUCCGAAAGAAGAAGAUGUGACGCUGGUUCUUGAAGAUGAUGGAACCCUUGUUGAUGGAAAUGAUUUCUUGCAGACUUUGCCCUCCCAGACUGUGUUUGUUUUUCUGCGGAAAGGAGAAAAAUGGAUGGGAGCUGGAGAGAAAAUUUAUAGAAUUCUGAGCAGCCUGUGUGAUAUGGAUAGGAAGGCAGAGAUUGCAGAGCAGAUCCGAGGACUCCUGGCCGAUGACCUGGCUCCAGAAAAAGUCAGCAUCCUGUCUCAGUAUUUAGACAUGCUGGAGACUGAUAUAGAGGCAGAGGAUCGAUGCGAGCAUGAGGAUUGGUUUGAAGGAGUCAACAAAAAAUACAAAACAAAGGGAGAGGUCAUGAAGAAUACUGCUCAACAAAGGAUCCGGAGCUACUUUACCAGUGCCAAGGAACAGAUUGCCAAGGAAGAGGACCCAAAAACAAGAGCCUUGCUCGGCCAGGUCCUGGAAGAGCUGUCUGCAAAGUUAGCCUUAAAUGCUUACCACGGUUACUACUUUGACCGGAUGGCUGCGGCAAAACUUCGGAUGUGUGAUACAAAGGGAUGGUUCACGUGUGAGGGAGCGUUUGAUGAGGGCACCUGUUCUAGGUUUCACAACAUUAACCCUUACGCUUCUAGAGGCUACAGGCAGCUGUUUGGACUGUGGAAUCUAGAUCACAUAAUAGAGAAGUCAAGGGAGAUUAUUCCUGCCUUAAUAAAAGCGGCAAAGAAGAAGCCAAAAGCCAAAGCCCUGAACCACGAGGAAGUAUACAAAUUACUUUUCACUCGAACUAAUUUAAAACUGGUUCAUAUUAGUUGCCACAAAAAGUCCGCUCGGGCUCUGAAAACUGUUGAUAUUAAACAGUUGAUUCAUUAG